GAGGUACUGCACCUUCCUCGGCGGAACUACAACCCCCAGCAUGCACUGCGCGGGCCGGCCCACCACUGAGAGGAUUCGUGACUGGCUAGGGAAGGCGUCAUUCUAGCAUGGCGUUACAGGACUGGUCCCGCCAAACCUUUCUCUACCCUAUGAUCUGUGUGCCAGAUUCGUUUCUUUCCCCAGUUUCCCGCGGGAACCAACUCUUAAAGAGGACCUACCGCAGCCGUUUUGCAGACUGGUCAGCUAGAGGUGGGCCGCGAGCCGAGAGGGACGGGUCUGCCUGAGAAAGGGUGGGCCUUCGUACACUGGCACUCCAGAGUGAGCAGGGGAGAAGGGGAGACAGGCGCAGUGCCAAAGGGCGCCAGUCUCUUCUUCCUUAGGGUCUGAGUUCCAUUAAGGCCACCCACACCUAUCGGAAGACGGCUACAGGUGUACCUGAGCUCUGUGACCAUGUCCCAGCAGACCCUUACAGGCUCCUCAGUGCCACACACCAGCUUCCUGGAUUUGUGGAGGAAGAAGAAUGACCAGCUCGUUCAACAGGCCAAGGUGGUUCAGGACACCCAGCUUUCUCUGAGGCGACAGCAGCAGGCCCAAGACACACUGGAAGGGCUUAGGAAGCUCCUUUGGGGUCUGCAAGGGAUCCCUGCCACUGUUUCUGUUCUCCCCUUGGAGCUGACGGUCAUCUGUAACUUCAUUAUCCUGAGGGUGAGCCUCGCCCAGGGUUUUACUGAAGAUCUAGCCCAGGAUAUCCAAAGGAGCCUCAAGAGAGUGCUGGAGACCCAGGAGCAUCUGGAGCCCAGAUUGGAACAGGAUCUUAGGGAACUGUGGGAUUCUGUCCUGCAUGCUUCCUCUCUCCUGCCAGAGCUGCUUCCUGCUCUACACCUCUUGGCUGGUCUACAGGCAGCCCUUUGGCUAAGCACUGACCAUCUUGGGGAUCUGGCUGUGCUGUUGCAGACAUUGAAUGGCAAUCAGGGUAGGACCUCUGAGGAUCUGCUGCUACUUUUAAAAACUUGGAAGCCUCCAGUUGAGAAAUCAGAUGCCCCAUUGACUCUGCAGAGUGCCCAGAGCUUGAAGGCUGUGCUUUUGACAGCAUUUGCCUUCCAACAAGGCCUCCAGGAGCUGACCACAGGGAACCUACCAAGAGCACUGACAAACCUGAAUGAAGCAGCCUCAGGUCUGUGUACACGGCCUGUGUUGGUCCAGGUGUACACAGCACUGGGGAACUGUCUCCAUAAGAUGGGAAAUCCACAGAGAGCACUGUUGUACUUAAUUGAAGCCCUGAAAGUUGGCACAGACUGUAGUCUUCCACUUCUAGAGGCUUCUCGAUUAUAUCGGCAACUAGGAGACACAUCAGCUGAGCUGGAGAGCCUGGAACUGCUAGUUGAGGCUUUGAGUGCUACUCGUAGCUCCAAAUCCCCGCAGCUGUUGAUUGAAGUAGAAUUGCUACUUCCACAGCCUGACCAAGCCUCUCCCCUUCACUGUGGCACACCAAGCCAGGCCAAGCACCUGCUAGCAAGCCGAUGCCUACAGAUCAGGAGGGAAGAAGAUGCUGCAGAGCAUUAUUUGGACCUGUUGGCGCUAUUAUUGGAUGACUCAGAGCCAAGGUUCUCCCUACUCCCCUGCCCCCCAGGGCCCUGUAUGCCGGAGGUGUUCUUGGAGGCAGCAGCAGCACUGAUCCAGGCAGGCCGAGCCCAGGAUGCUUUGACUGUAUGUGAAGAGCUUCUCAGCCGCACAUCGUCUUUGCUUCCCAAGAUGUCCCAGCUGUGGGAAGGUGCCAGAAAAAGAUCCAAAGAACUGCCAUACUGCCCAUUCUGGGUCUCUUCCACCCACCUGCUUCAGGGCCAGGCCUGGGUACACCUGAAGGCCCAAAAAGAGGCCAUUAGUGAAUUUAGUCGGUGUCUUGAGCUGCUCUUUCGUGCCACUCCUGAGGACAAAGAACAAGGAUGGUCCUCAGCAGCAGGUUCCAACUGUGAGCAGGGGUGUAGCUCAGAUGUGGCAUUGCAACAACUUCGGGUAGCAGCCCUGAUUAGUCGUGGACUGGUAUGGGUAGCCAGCGACCAAGAUACCAAAGCUCUAAAGGACUUCCUCCUAAGUGUGCAGAUAUGUCCAGGUAAUAGAGAUGCUUCCUAUUACCUGCUUCAGACUCUGAGGAGGUUGGAUCGGAAGGAUGAUGCUACUGCCCUGUGUCAAAGGCUGGAGGCCCAAACUGAGCUGCCACAGAACAAAGCUACUCGGUCACUGCCUCUGUACCUAGAAACCUAUUUAAGCUGGAUCCAUCCUGCUGAUUGCGAAACCUUCCUUGAAGAAUUUCGGACGUCGCUACUGGAACCACAAGACCUAUAGGAGCCACAUGACCUGUAGCUGCCGCUUGCCAAUAGCUACAGCUGAGACCACUGUGGACUCUGUGGGGAGGGGGAUGGAUUUUUUUUUUUUAACUCUCCUUGCAGAAUGUGGCUGGAGCUGACUAUUCCAACAUAACUCUAGCACUGGUGAAGUUGGUGGUAGUGUUGUGAAAUUUGGCCUACUUACUGCCAUUCUGGUUUCAGAGGAAGCAUUUCCUGCCACAAACAAGUCAUUGGACAUGAUUUUUUUUUUAUGUUUCCUCUUUCCUUAUGUUCAGUAAAAUCUCAUAUUUA